CAACACAACCCCUAUUUCCCUCACUCAACAACUAACCUUCUUUCAAACCCUUACAAUCCCUUACCUUAAACUACAUCCCCUAACCAACCCUCAUCAUGGCUACCACCACCAAGCUCAUCGCGGCCAUCCUCAUCCUUUCCCUCGUAACCCUAUCACCCGUAUGCAACGCGUGUUGUGGUUGCACUACUCCCCCACCCGUUACCCCUAGCACGGGCAAAUGCCCUAUUGACACACUUAAACUUGGUGUAUGCGCGGACGUUCUAGGGCUAGUCCAUGCCGUGAUUGGUAGCCCACCCUCUGGUACUCCAUGUUGUGCCCUAAUCAAAGGUCUUGCUAACCUCGAAGCCGCUCUUUGCCUUUGUACUGCCAUUAAGGCUAACAUCCUUGGCAUCAACUUGAAUGUGCCUGUUACCCUAAGUGUUCUCCUUAGCGCUUGCCAGAAAGAUCUUCCAGAAGGAUUUAAAUGCUAAUUAUUUUAAGUUGUUCAAUUUAUUUAUGCAUGGAAAAUUACAAGAAAAAAAAA